AUGGAAGGUCUGAUUCCACUGGUUUGCAGGAGCAUCAAGAGGAGCAAAACUCGGCAGCAAUACGAGUUUCUCUCUUCGGGGACUGCUCACACUUUCAACAAUCAAGACUUUUACCAGCAGACUGGCGGCUACAAUAACCAUUCAUCACCUGAGAACAUGGCUGUGGAGGAGGGUAAAAGGCACCGGCGGCACAAGUCCCUCUGUGCCGAACAUGGUGGUGGGUUUUCGCCCGAUUUUGCCACUGCUAAGCCUGAAAAACUUGUUAGGUUCAGGAGCCACAGGAUGUUCUCAUGUGUAUCUGGAGCAUAA